AUGCCUCCAACGCCUCCUACACAUCUUGUUAGUACAAGUGAUAUCUUUUUAAAUCACACCCAUUUAAAGCCUGGAAACAAUGCUGAGCUACUGGAUUACGAAAAGACAAUCAAUAUGUAUCGAGAGAAUGCAAAGCAUAUAAAUGAUCCAAACAUCCAAUGGGAUCUUGCUACUUAUCUUUAUGAAUCUUCCAAGGCAACUGGCAACAAAGUGUACAUGCAGGAAGCUAUCAAGAUCUUAAAGUCCUUAUCUCUUAAAGGUCACGGUGAAGCACAAUAUUAUCUGGCCAAUAUCUAUGCUUCAGGCAAUCUAUCUAAAUCUCACAAACCAGACUUCAACCAUGCCUUUCCUUUAUUUGUACAAGCUGCUAAACAUCAACAUCCUGACGCUGCAUACAGAACUGCAAAGUGUUAUGAAGAUGGUCUAGGCUGCUUAAAAAACAAGUCAAAAGCAUAUCAAUACUACAGGCUUGCAGCCACAUUAAAUCAUCCUGGUGCAAUGUAUCGAUUAGGCUUGGCUGAACUCAAUGGCGAUUUGGGUCUAAAACGUAAUGUGCGUGACGGCAAUAAAUGGCUGAAAAGAUCUGCAGAUGCUGCUACCCCCGAAUAUCCUCAUGCGCUUCACGAACUUGGUUUAUUGCACGAAAAGGGACUAGACGAUAUCAUCUUUAAGGAUCCUAAGUAUUCAGUUCAACUUUAUGCUAGAGCUGCAGAAUUAGGGUAUGCUCCUUCUGCUUAUCGACUCGGUCAGUGUUUUGAGUAUGGUUAUCUAGGUUGCCCUAAAGAUUCAGUCACUUCUGUAUAUUACUACACAAUUGCUGCUAAGCGUGGUCAUCCAGACGCGGCAUUUGCUCUCUCCGCAUGGUAUCUCGUCGGUGAUGGCGAUCGAUUGCAAGUGUCGGAAGAGAAGGCGUUAGAGUGGGCUAGACUCUCUGCAGAAAAGGGUUUGCCUAAAGCGGAAUUUGCUUUAGGUUACUUUGCAGAAAUGGGUAUAGGACGACCAAAGGAUAUAAAUGAGGCCAUGGUAUGGUAUAAAAAGGCAGCUGAUCAUGGCAACGAAAAGGCAACUCGACGACUAAAAGAGAAAACACCCCUUAAUAUAAACAAAAACUUGCCUGCUGUGGCUACAGAAGCAAACUAA